AUGGGCUCUAUGUUUGCGGAGGAAGAUUAUAUAAUGGUACGAUGCAGCGUGGAAAUAUUACUAAACAAUGGCUGUUUGGCUGCCAGGAAAUACCUCGUUGAUAAAAGGUUCUGUAUUCCAUCUUAAUAGUUGAAAAUUUAUAUUAUGAGUAAAAAUAUGUACAAUAAACCAUUUCUACUUUGUUACAAAGUUUAAAAUUUAAAUACAAAGUUUGAGAUGUUUGCAUUUGAAUGUUUUGUGAUACUCUAAUGUUUGUAUUAAUACUGUUUUUCAGAAACAAAAGUUCUUUGCUCAAUUCUGCAUCAAGCUUCGUUGAGUUUCUGGUAAGCUUGGGUAUUUUAAAAUAGAUUGCUUAUUAACAGUUUUAUGCAAUUCUUUAAUUAGCCAGUUAAUUGAUCAGUUUCACAGAUUGAUGGUUAUUAUUGAUUAUUAUUGUUCCAAUUUUCUCAACUAAUUAAUUAAAUAGUUGAUGUAUAAUUCCUUUGUUAAUUGAUUAAUAAUUAGAUUAAUUAACUUAUUAAUUGAUAGAUUAUUUAGUUGGUUAUUAAGAAAGUGGCUGAUUGCUUGAUUAGAUUGAUUGAUUAAUGAUUUCAGAGCUCGUUAUUGACAUUAGAUGAAACUCAUAUUGACGAAGCAAUCAGCUGUCUGAAGGAAACUCAGAGAUAUUGUAUCACACAGAGGAAUAUUUUAAAACAAGAGAAAUGCAGUGCUGAUGAUCUGAGGUUGUUAAUGAAUGAGAUUUUCUCCACCGAUGCUGAGCUAUACAUGGCAAUAUUGAGUAUCUUGAAACAAGGUAGGUUUGAAACAAGGUAUGGACAACUUGUCUCAACAUCUUGUGUAUGUCAUACAUUACUGAGUUUCAGUAAGUGUUAGCAAGCUAACAGAUGGUGUUGAAUGUAAGAAAUUUUGACAUAGGAACAAGAAAAUUAAUUUCUGAAUUGUAUUUCUUGCCUAAUAUUUUACAUGAAAAUAUUUUUCAACAUGCUUCUGGAAAGUAUGUCUGAUGAUCAUUGCCAAUAGAGACUCAUUUUCAUAUUUGAGACCUUGAGUUUCAUUAUUAUCACAUACCCAAAACCUAGGCUCUUAAUAUUGCAUUUGCGUAAAUAUCAGGGUUUUGCAUCUAAUUUGAUAGAGCAAAUGAUUGAAGCAGUUAUUUGUAGAUGGAAAUAUGUUGUGAAACUUAUAUACAUUUAAUUUUUUGUACGUACUGCAGGUUUGAAAGACUAUGUGAAAGGCGCUUUCUUAAUACGAAAAUCUUGGAAACAGUACAAAAGAAAUUAUGAUAAAAUCUUAAAGAUUGGAGGCCCUUUUCUAAAUCUUAAUGGCAACUCAGAAUAUCAACUUUGUCAUCUCCAUGAAAAUAAUCCUGAGGUGUUGUCAAAUGUAGAACAAGAGACUGUAAAUUCUGACGUCUCAUCAUGUAGUUGUUACAAUGUUGAAACAAAGACAGUUAGUUCUCAUGCUUUACAUGAAGUACAAGCAGCUAUUGCAUUUGGUUAUGGUUUGUUUAACCUUGUCGUGUCAUUGACCCCUCCUAAAGUGCUACAACUUGUGCAGUUUUUUGGUUUCCAUGGCAACCAAGAACUGGGUCUGAGUUGUUUGAAGUAUGUCUGUGCCAGUCAGAAUGUCAAGGCUGAACUGUCAAGGUAAUUAUUGGUUUCGCUAAAUAAAUUAGUAAUUGAUUGAUUAGUUAAUUAUUGAUUGAUUGAUUGUUUAAUAAUUAAUUAAUGAUUGAUUGGUUAAUGAUUAUUGUUUAUUAAUUGAUUGAUUAAUUGAUUAAUUAAUUAAUGCUUCAUUAAUGAUUGAUGAUUAAUUGAUUGAUUGAUUAAUGUUGAUUGGUUAAUGUUGAUUAAUUAAUGAUUAAUUGAUUGAUUAAUGAUAAAUUGCUGGUUGAUUAAUUAAUGAUUGAUCACUCACUGAUGAUUUAUUGAUGAUUGUUUAAUGAUUGAUUAUUGAUCAAUUAAUGAUUGAUUAUAUAGACUUGGUCUCCUAUGGUAUCAUGCUAUUAUCAGACCAAUGUAUGCCUUUGAUGAUAAUGACGUUGAAUGUGGUAAUUAAAUUAUAUUUGGUUCUAAUUAUUUUCUAAUUGAGUGAUUUAAUAUCUGAUUGACAUUUGAGACUAUAAGGAAAUAGCCAUAAAUAUAAUAUACAUUGUGUGAAAAUGUUUGAUCUAGGUUUAGAAGAAGCUUCACAAUUAUUGCAAGGUCUUCAAGAGAAUUUAUUAUUGUCUCCAGUUGCUCUUUACUUUGAAGGUUUAUUAUUCCGUUGUAAGGUGAGCAAACUUCCUGACUUGACAAUGCAUGUGGGUGAAAAAAGUAUGGUCAUAUUUCUUACUUCAUUUUCAAUUGAUUCCAGGGUAAUUUCAGUGAUGCAACAAGAUCAUUAAACCUGGCUUUAGAAAAACCUCUGGCUUAUAAAGAGAUGAUCAUGUUUUGUGAUUAUGAAAUAGGUUGCUAUCAUUUCUAACUUAGUUCAGUGUACAGUAAUUAUUUUUUAAAAAUUUCAACCAGAUUUUCUUUAUUUAAUUCAUUCCAUAUCCAAAUUAUUAAUUUGCAUAUUUUGUUAACUUUCCAGGAUGGUGUCAUUUGCUAGAGAUGCAGUGGGAUCUUGCUAUUCAGGCAUUUAUAAAGUAUUUUAUUUUGUGCUUGUAAAAUAAUUAUCUUAGAUUAAAAUUUAGAAUAAAUGAUUUGAACUUGUGCCUUUCUAAAUAUAAUUUCUAUUUUAUGAAAUUUAGAGUAAAAGAUGUGACUAGAUGGUCACAAUGUUUCUAUGUUUAUUUAAUUGGUGGUAUGUAAAUGUAAAUUUAUUUCAAGAAAUUGUCAAUUGUUUGCAAUGAAACUGUCUGUAGCAAUGUGAUAUCAUUGUAUAUUCCAGUUCUUCAUGGUGUCCAAGGCAAUACAAACGAAGCGGUAAUCUACUUCAGAUACGUCCCUUCACUUGUCAAACGAAAAACGCCUCUAGCUGUGUUUUUGAUUAGAAAGGUUUGAACUUUUUUAGAUUAUACUAAUUGCUGUUCAAAUUUAACUAUUUGAAUGAAAUUAGUACAUUCGAAUCUCUAAUUAACAGACGCCAGUGGGGAAUGCUUUAAAUGUUCGUUAACCAUAGAGAUGUCUGUUUUUGAGAGAGUUUUAGAAAUUCUCAACUAUUCUAACCAAUUUUCAUUGUGUAUUCUAGGCCACGUGUUGUGUUCAAGCACCGCCAAAUGAUGCAGAAAGUUUAGUUUUGUUGUUGGAAAUUAUUUAUUUAUGGGAAUGUCUUCCUACGUGUAGUUCGGUCACCUUGUCGUGCUUGCUCCAAGGUAAGACACAAUGUCGAAAUUGGCCCAAGUUCCAAUUCCUCUAUUUAGAACUGUUUCCAAUUUGCAGGCCUGGAGAAGACGGUGAAAGAUGAUUUUGUUGCGUUGAAACUAUUUCUAACUGCGUAUGUCUUACAUCGUCUUGGAAGAUUGACUCAAGCUAUUGAGGUAUAAGAUCCAACGUACUGUCAUAAGCUUUCACAUAUACGUAAGACAAACGGCAUACUGAGUAGUUGUAAAGAGCUUCACUGGUGUUUUCGUUAGAGUUCCAAUUCUAACAUCUGCGACACUUCCAAUUAUUUGACAAAAUUUCGUAAUAUCGCAAUUUUAGAAAAACAUUCCCCUUACCCCCACCAUUCAAUGUUUAUUGCAUUUCCCAGAAUAGGGUUAAAGCAAUUGUACUACGUCCAACGUUUUUUUGGGGGGAGGAGGUGGGGGGAAUGAGUAAAUUAUUCCGGUCUAGUACAGUAAUAGUAAAAAAAGUCACUGUUGCAUUAUUGUAGUACCUUUCAAUUCAUGUCUGAAUUGUGGGCAGAGACAGUCUGCUAUAGAAAUGCUGUACCGAGCUGGAGGCCAGUUCUCCGGUUAUCUAUUACUGGCAAGUUUUGCAUACUAACUUUUACAGUAUAUGAACAUUUUUUUGUAGUGUUAUAAAGAAGCAAUGACUGCCGGUGAAAAUAUUGUUGGCGAUAAACAUGUCUUACCAUUUGCUGCUUAUGAAUUGGGAAUAAUAUCUGCGAAGAUCUCACAGGUACGAGCCACUGAUCUAUGAACUUGCAAUGUUAACAAAUUGCGAUGUUGGUAAAUAAAUUGUUUAUUUUUCUACCUCUAGUUUGACAAAGGACAAGAAUUUCUCAGGAAAGCGAAGGUAACGUAUUAUAUGCUAUUUGAAAUUGUGUUAUAGGUAUUCGGAAAACCCAAGUAAUUUGUGGUUGUCUCUAAUUUCAUUACGAAUAUGGAUUAGGACGCAAAGCCGAACACGUUCACGAGUUUUAUGCGAAUGGAGCAAAUUAGAAUGCGCUCCAAACGUGAAUUAGAACGCACUGAAGAACGCGCUCUACAUGCGUUCUUCGUGUGUAUUGAAUAAAGUUACGUCGUAGCUCAAUUAGAAUUUUUUCACUACUGCUAAUAAAGUAGAAUGAAGUGUUUUUGUGUUGUUCAUAUUAAAGAUGUUCAAAUGCGAUUCUUUUGUUGAUGUAUGUGAUUUUCUUCUCCAGGAAACAUGCAGUGGUUAUGAUUUUGAAAAUAGACUGAAACUAAAGAUUGACAUCGCGAUGAAAAAAAUGGAAGAGCGAGCUAAGAAAGAACUGGUGACGAGUGACAGCUCAGGGUAACUUCAGCAUGUGAUACUUGAUGUAAGUCAGUGUGCUGGUAUGGUAUCACGUACGAGAUCCUGGACAUAAUGACGUCAGUACAGAGUACCAACAUGUGAGGCAAUACUUGAUGUAAGUUAUCAUGGACAUGAUAGGAGUAUAAACUGACAAGCAAACAAGAUACUGUAUGGUAGCUGAGUGCACACAAGACAAUCUGGUAAAGAUACGAGGCUGGCCAUCCAUUCAAUCACUUACAACCACUUGACUAAAUUCAAUUGCCUUUCUCACGCCGCCAUUUUUGGGUGGCAUUUCAGCCGAAGUCUGCGAGAUAAGUCCACAUGACAGCGACUUUUUAUAAUUUUUUGGACGAAUGAUGGUAAAUUUGCUUUGUAAAUGGUUUAUUUUGAAAUAUUGCUUUUCACAUUGUUUUAAUUGUCUGCAUUGGUUAACGAGAAUUGGAUGCUACCCAAAAAUGGCGGAUAUUCGUGAUCGUGAGAAAGGCUAAUUGGAUCUCGUUGAUUGAUUGUGAACUUCCAAACUUCAAACUAGCCCUCUCACAAGCUCUCAUAUUGCUUCCACCCAUAUUUGGAAAUUAUCAUUUGGCAGAAAUAUCUAGAUAUUAACUGCAAGAAAAUACAAGGUGGUACAAAUGUAUUUAAAACUUCUACAUACAUCAUACAUAUUUUCUAUUUAUACUAUGUGCAUACCGUAACAAUAAUUAAUUACAUAUCCACUUCAUAAUUCAUCAUGAAAAUACAGUUUGACAAAUUUAUGCAAUGAAUCUAAAGUUCUGUCGUCAUUGUAGUAAUAUCUAUAGCCUUCUUUAAACAGUAUCAAAGUUGGGUACUGAAUUAUCUAGCAAGAGAAACAAUUACAGAUAAGUAAUGAUUACUCAAACGUGGAGGUAGUAUUCUACAAUAAGCUGUCGUGGUUUGUGUCUGAACUACCUGAAAAAGAUAUCUCAAACGUGGUGGUUUAGUGUAGGUAGUAUUCUACUAUAGCUGUCGUGGUUUGUGUCUGAACUACCUGAAAAAGAUAUCUCAAACGUGGUGGUCCAGUGUAGGUAGUAUUCUACAAUAAGCUGCCAUGGUUUGUGUCUGAACUACCUGAAAAAGAUAACUCAAACGUUGUGGUCCAAUGUAGGUAGUAUUCUACAAUAAGCUGUCGUGAUUUGUGUCUGAACUAUCUGAAAAAGAUAUCUCAAACGUUGUGGUCCAGUGUAGGUAGUAUUCUACAAUAAGCUGUCGUGGUUUGUGUCUGAAUUACCUGAAAAAGAUAUCUCAAACGUGGUGGUCCAGUGUAGGUAGUAUUCUACAAUAAGCUGUCAUGGUUUAUGUCUGAACUACCUGAAAAAGAUAUCUCAAACGUGGUGGUCCAGUGUAGGUAGUAUUCUACAAUAAGCUGUCAUGGUUUAUGUCUGAACUACCUGAAAAAGAUAUCUCAAACGUAGUGGUUUAGUGUAGGUAGUAUUAAUACAAUAAGCUGCCGUGGUUCGUAUCUGAACUAGCUGAAAUGAUUCAUGUAUUUUACUACAGAAAAGAUAUGCGAUAGUUGUCAUAAAAAUGCAAAAUGUCAUGGUGGUCACUGCGUAUGUAAUGCUGGUCAUAUCGGGAAUGGACUGACCUGUAAAGCUGUUUGUAAGUGAUUGCUUAAUUUAUGAUUAGCUAUAUCAAUGUUUCUUCGGACAAAUACAGUCGAGUACAUCAACACCCCUAUAUAGAUAUUGAUUUAUCUGUUAUUAUCUAUGAUUAAAUUAAUCGAUGCUUCAUCUAAUGUUUUAUUUUUCCAUUUCAGAUAGGACUGGUCCGUGUUCCCUUAAUCCUUGUAGAAACAAUGGCGUUUGUGUGAACCUCGAUGAAAAAACAUACGACUGUCGAUGUUCACCGAAAUAUACUGGACCGAACUGUGAAAGUGGGUGUAGCAAAUUUUUUCUCAUACAACUUCAACAGUUUUUGCUGGGUGGAUUUCUAAUGCGAUUCUUGUCUUCUAAUGGAUAUGAACGAGUGGUUGAGAACCGUUCACAAUCAUCAGAAGAAUAAAGCCCUCACGGACCUUAAUUUUUAUUUUAUUUCUUUCUAGCUCGGCUAAGAUGUGUCCCAAACCCAUGUAAACAUGGUGGGGUUUGUUUUGAAAGUCGCCAGACAUUUCGAUGUGUUUGUCGAAAAAUGUUUACUGGAAAAGACUGUUCAAAACGUAAGUACUGUUUUAGACAUACAUUUUCUUGAAUUUGGUUCCCGUGGUCAACACAUGUACAAACAAGCAAAUAUGAAUGUACUUAUUUUCAGGUGUGGUUAUUCAUGAUAAAUGUACGCCUAACCCAUGUAAAUAUAAUGGUGUAUGUAGGACUUCCGAAGAUGGUAAACGCGCAUUUUGUAAAUGUCCCACGUACAAGUUCAAGGCUCCAUUCUGUGGUGAGUACUCUGAAAUUCAGAGUGUCCAUAUCUCUCGAGUAUCAAGUAUAGUUUAUCAUUCAUUCAUGCUCUGUUUUCGUAGAUUGUGACUGUCCCAAGGCUAACCGUAUACGACAAAAACACAGCACCAACUCAUUUUGUGAUAAGAAAGGAGAGUGCAUAUGUCCACGCAGUCGAAUGUAUUUAACACCCUGGGGAUGUGUGCCUUCAAUGUUAAGUACGUAAGUUUUCUUCUUUUUUUACCUGAAUGCCUGAUGCUCCGAGUACUCCAGUUUCCUCCCACAGGGAAUGUUGACAGGGUGGGUUGGGAUUAGCUCCAAACUGACUCUUCCACCGUAGCUGUACUCCGUGAUCAGACACAAGUCAUAAGGUGGCUGCCAGAGGCGUCCUUAGAAAGCCUUCGACUCGAUCAGGUUGAGCUGCGUCUUUCGCAAUUCAGCUUACCUCUCAGCUGCAAGUAAGGAUGAUUAGCACACUCCCAAUAUACCUUUCCCCUUAUAACCAAAAUUUUGAUCUAGGCAAGUCUAGACGAAAAGUUGUAAAAUGAGGAAAAUAGAGCCUUGCGAAGUUUGCAAUUUUCAGUCAUUUUGCAUUACAAACGGGAAAUUGCAGCCCCAACACCCGAAUCGGAUGUCAAUUUCCCGUUUGUAAUACAAAAUGACUGAAAAACGGCAAACUUCGCAAGGCUAUAUUAUCCGCAUUUUACAAGAUUUCGCAACAAAACUUUGGAAUAUUACUAAUUUUGUGAUGCUCUUUCAAGCUGUGAUGAAAUUUUUGUCUAGAUCGAAAUUUUAGUUAUAAGGGGAAAGGUCCAUUACUUACUCAAUAACUACAGCUUGUAUGUCAUCAUUUCUUUGUCAACGAUAUUCCGCCAUCGUCCAUAAUUAGAUGAUAAUUUUGGUAUUGUCAGAUGAAAACAUAUCAUUGUCAGAUGAAAACAUAUUUAUCACCUGCUUUCCAAAAUUCAUUUUCAGUGGACAACCCGUGUAGUGCCAAGCCCUGCAGAAACAACGCGACAUGCUUCAACGUGAGCGUUUCACUGCUGACACAAAAUGAUCGCAGUUACGGCUGCCGUUGUGCAAUUGGUUUCACAGGCUCUAAGUGUGAGAUAAGUAAGUUCUAUACUGCUUGGCAAUUUUGGUAGUGGACGGACUCGGUAUAAGUGUGAUGAAGAAAGAGUCAUCCUUUAUUGAUUCAGUGCUGCUACAGGAGAAAACCUAAUUAGGCCACAUAAAAAAAAUUUACUUGUUUAGCGUCCACCCAUUUUAAUUUUUCUAGGUCGGGCGGGCGGGGUUUUUUUUUCGUAAAAUGCAACACAAAAUUCUUCUAAAUGCAGGAAAUCCAGAUAUUACUACAGUCAAAACUCACUUUAAUUCUUUCAAAAUCCGUUCAUGUUUUUUAAUACCGUUCAUGUUUUUAGUAAAACAGAAAAUUACCGUUUGGCGGUCACGCGCGAACACUUCAGCUGCGAACAGGCAUAUUCUGGGAAGGAAACUUUGUGUAAACGUAUUACAUAGCUCCCAGAAGAAUAAAAUCACCAUUUUUUCAAGUAAAACGGUCUUUUUUAUAGAGAGUUUUUGCACUAAACUCGGACAAAUUAAAAAAAAAAUAAAAAAAUUGGAGGUCGGGGACUUUUAUCAGGUCGGGCGGGGACGCUAAACAAGUAAUUUUUUAUGUGGCCUUAGUUAAACUAACUUUAUACUCUGGAUGGCUCUAUCAGUUCUAAACGUUCUCCCUAGAGGUCCAGUAAGAGUUAUCUCUAAUUGUUCCAGUGUUACCACAGGAGUGAACCUAAAUUAAACUAACUUUAUUUAUACUGGAUAGCUCUAAUAGUUUUAAAAUGUUCCCACUAGACGUUAAGUAAGGAUCAUCUCUUAUUGAUAUACAACGGUAACUCCGAAUAAAGUAAGCAUUCUGAUUCAACGUUUCGACUUUAUUUAGUCAUCAUCAGGAAUGAUGAUCAAAAACUAAAUAAAACUAAAUAAAGUCGAAACGUUGAAUCAAAAUGCUUACUUUAUUCGGAGUUACCGUUGUAUUGUCCAGGUGAUCUCGUGUUCGUAUUUUAGCCAAUCAGCGCUCAGAAAGGGUUGUCCGAAUAGAAAUCCAUUUUGAUGUAUUCAGUCAAUUAUAUCUUUCAUUAUUCUUUAUGAAACUAGUUGAAAUUUUGUAAUUAUGUUUGGUUAUGAGAACUAUAGCUCUGACAAAAAUAUGGAAUCGAAAUAAAGUAUAUUACAGGAGAUAUUCAGUUGUUUUAAUCAUAAAAUGGAUUUCUAUUUGACAACUAGUGCCAGUACUUUUCCGCGUAUCAAGAUCAUCUGGGUAUUUUAUGAAAAUACUCAGUGGUUCCCGCAAUUAUGAGACCUAAACUAAGCUAACUUUAUUUAUACUGGAUAGCUCUAAUAGUUCUAAUUGAACUGUACUCCAUAGAGGUCCAGUAAGAGUCAUCCUUUACUGAUUCAGUGGUACUGCAGCAACAAACGUAAACUAAAUUUACUUUGUUAAUAUUAGAUGACUCUAUCAGUUCUAAAGUGUUCUCCCUAGAGGUCCAGUAAGGGUUAUUCCUUAUUUGUCGAAUAUUAUUCCAGGAGGAAACUGGAAUACUUCAAUUCAUCUUUAAAUUCUUCACGAAUUGUUCAUUCGAAUUUUUAGAACUCCCUGAUCCAUGCUUACGCAACCCAUGUAGAAAUGGGGGUGUAUGUAAACCAUCGAAAGGUGUCGCUGUUUGUCAUUGCAAAUCUGGAUACGUACGGCCUUACUGCCUUAGACCUCGUAAGUAAACCUCUGAUCUCUGAUCUCUGAAUUUACUCUAUUUAUACAGGACGAUUUUUACUGACCAGGAAUUAAGCUAAACGCUGGAGUGUAACGGUUACCCCUUCAAAUGUGAAAUGGAGGAAAUGUUCCAUGCACCCCACACCGCUGCGCAUGCUCGCCAAGUGACUGAGAUUAACUUAAAUAGAAAACACUUUAGUGGUCUAAGAAAUAUUUUAAAAUAAACCUUCUCCAAGACGAGAAAAUCAAAGCUAAAGUUUAUGUAAAUGAACAUGAUUUUUUUAUCACAUAUAAAGCCACCGACACGGUCACAGAAUAAGGUACACAGAAGGUCGACUCGUGUAACCGCUGCCACGCCAUGAUUCAUUAUCAAAAUGCUGACGCUAUGGUCCUAGCCAGUGCGCGUUUGAGAGGCAUUCCCCCCUGGACGUCCACCAUUUUGAAUCUUAUCAGGGGGUGAAUGCCUCUCAAACGCGCACUGGCUAGGACCAUGGCGUCAGCAUUUGAUGACGAAUCACGAGUUACGCCAAAGUCAUAGGAAAAUCAUAGGAAAAACGAAGAAGUCGGCCUUCUGUGUACCUUAUUCUGUGACACGGUAGUGAUUUCCUUUGUCUUUUCAUCAUGAUUUAUGGAUUUUCCAUCACAAUUUAUGAAUUUCCACAUCAGUGGAAAGAUCAAUGAAAAUGAAAUAAAUGAAUACUAGAGAAAGAAAUAAGAAAAUUGGAAACAACCAAGUCUCUGUUUUGAACAUUUUACUGUCUAUAUAUUAUUUGUCUUUAUUUGUUUCUGAUUUACUGUUGUGUCUGCGAACACCGCGGAAAAACGUCUGCGCAUGCGUCCACCUUACCUGUAAUAGUAUUGCGAACUUGAUGAGAAGCUGUUCCGAACGUUUCCGAAAGCUCAAAAUGGCGGUAAAAAGGAGUGACUUCAUUGUGUGUCUUAUACAGCCAGAUUUCGAGCGUAAAAACAAACAUGUCAUUCUAAAAACUAGAAAUAAAUACAGCCAGAAGGUUCAAGAAAUUGUAUUGUACAAGAACGUGGACUAAAGGUGAUUGUUGACAAAUUUAUCGUCCGAAACAUUUUGUUUAGCAACUAAGCAACGACAAUUUCCGAAUUUUCGUUUCGAUACAUUUCUUUAAAAGAAACUAUGUCGCCAAAUAUAAAAAAUUUUCGUGUUCACAAUAAUUAAACUUUAGGAUUUAUUCUACAAUUUGAGUGGGUUAAAAAGCUUAACUUUUCGAGAGUUUUCUUAACUUUUUAGUUUGAAUUUUUGUUUUGAAUAAUUCUGCAAAAAUUUUCGAAGUCGUGUCCGUUAAAAUCAACAAUUUUUUACAUGAAUUAUAUUUCAUUUCAUACUUUAAAUGCCAGGACGCUUUCAAUUAAUGUCUAGUCUACCCAUUUGCUAUAUUUUCUCGUUUGUUUUACUAAUUUUUGACCAAUUAAUAAGCAUGUUUUUGUUUUAGAAAUUGAUAUUCAAAUUCCCCGCCAUAUUUUCAUAAUUUGGUGCAUGCGCAGACGUUUUUCCGCGGUGUUGUGUCUGCGUGGGUUGUUAAUGAAAAUUUUGAAACAACGUUUCGAACCGUGUUUAGUGAUUCCUCGUUAUUUUUUGCACAUAUUGUUCUCAUGUAGGAGUGGUUCAACAUUGUUUUCUCUCUGUCUCACAGCUCCUGGUGUAAGCAAGUGUUACCCUAAUCCAUGUUUGUAUGCUGGUGAAUGUGUCGAAAAAGGUGGAGGUUAUCACUGCAAGUGCAAGAAACAUUUUACUGGAACUCAUUGUCAAAGUAUGACUUUCUUACAGUUAAAGUAUAAAUAAAGUUUGUUGCUAUUCAGCAAAACCACAGACACCCCAGAUUAUAUAGUUGUGAUAACUUUACAUUUUUAGCCCGCAUAGCAUUGGGUCGCCCGCGCCGGCGCGCCUGCUUUUGGGGUACUAUUAAAAUUAUUAAAACAAACAUUGUUAUUUUACCCAGUUUUCUUUUCCUUUCAGUUCUAAUGGAUGAUUGCAAAGACUGUAACUCGAAAUUCGCUCAUUGUUUUCGUGGAAAAUGUGUUUGUAAACCUGGCUACGUUGGAGAUGGAAAAACCUGCGUUCCUGCUUUGUCUGGUAAGUGUUCUGCAUGUGCUGGUCAGUGAUCUCUAUAUAAUAUCUGGAGCGGGAACUCGAGAUCUCAGGCCCAGUCCUUUCUUUGUUAGGUUGAAGGUUGAGAAUUUUAGAUUUGCAUGUUAUUGUUUACAGUAGUAUAGUCAGGGAGGGGAGGGGGCACAUAUCAAAUGUGAACACGAGUGCCACUGACCUAGG